UUUUUUAUUCUUGUUGUGCUUGCUUCAUUCAUCACUACAAUUUUCUUUAUUUUUUUGUGUGUCCUCACUCUUACAUUGUUUUAACAGUGCCUUUUUACCUACAUUCACAGGCUAAAGAUGGUCUACGCCAUAUUUUUAUAGAUCAUUUUAUUGAACAAUCUAAGAAAACUCAACUGGGCUCUGAAGAUUUAAUUUUUAAAAUGUUGGCAUUGUUCAAUGAAACGAGAUCAAAGAUGCUUGAUGACAAACGAGGACAUGAUCCUUCUUUAGGCAAUGUCAAUGGUGUGAAUAUGAAUCCAAAUAAUAGUUUGAAGCUUUCUCCAACAGUUUCAUGUAGAAAAGCUUGUAAAGACAAAUCCUCUGAUAUUAAUCUUAAUUUGUCCCUCAAGGCUGGUUGGGAGCUGGAUGUAGAUAAUGUUCAGGUUGGUGCUGUCCACAACUCUUUAUCUCAAUUAGAGCAAACUACUGGUGAUAAAUGUUUCAUGACCAUAAGUGGCAAUAGUAAUUUUGAGAAACCUGAAUUGAAGGAUCCUAGUACUGAGAGGCUAUUUCAAAGAUUAUGCAAGCCAGUUGUUGAUCUGAGCACACCAGAAUUUGUUAAAAAUAGAAGCAUCGAUUCUUAUGAUAAUGCUCCAAUUAAAAAGCCCAAGAUUAUGCCAAAGCUUAGAAAUAUUCAUAGCAAACUAAAGUUUGUUGAUCUCAAUAGUCCAUUCUGCGAUUCUCUUAUCAAAGAAUGUCCUGAUUCAUACAAGAAAGGUAUCACCGAAGUAAAACAAGACGAUUAUUUUGUGGAAAAUCUCUCUCCUAAUCAUGCUGUGAAGUGUUCUCAGCGCAUUGAACAGAAGUCUCCUGUUGAAGUUGUUAUUUUACCGGAUUCUGAAGAUGACCAAAAGGAAAAUGACACUACUAAUUGUAAUGUGCUUGCUCACAUGACUGAUCCUUUGAAAUCAAAAACCAAACCUUCUCAUGGCAAUGGUGAUGUUGAGGUUCUUGGUGAGAUUAGAUUUCAUGAAAAUACAAAGGCACUAGAUUCAAAAUCUGAAAAUAUCUACAACAAGUCGUCUAUAUCUCAGCAAUAUAUUUUGAAGUGUGUCAAUAAGCUCGCCCCACAAUCUGUUGGUGUCAAGGACACCCACACUGGCUUUAGCAAUGCAGGCCCCCCUUCUGAUAUUUUAGCCAAUGUUUUUGUGAAUACUGAUUCUAAAUUUGUUGUCACUAUUAAAGAGAGAAGAAACUAUGCUGCCGUUUGUAGUCUUGCAACUAGCACAAUAUGGUACAAUCAUUAUGCUAUUGACAUUGGCGGUUGCCAUGUGAAAUAUGAAUUUCUUGGGAAUUCUAUGAUGCCAGGUGGGAAAGUGGGUAGUUUUGUUAUAAAUGCCCUUUGCCGCAAGUUUUUCUUAGAUGAGAGGCCUACAAAAUCAAGGAAACAUUACUUUUUCUCCAGUGUUGGUGCUGUUCUACUGAGUGAUACCACUGAUUACUCAUAUGUGAACAAAUGUUUUGAUGGAGCUGCAAGGGUUGUUGCGUUGCAUAAGGCUGAUAUGCUAAUUUUCCCUAUAUGCCAUGGUGAUCACUGGUUUCUUUUUGUUGUUGAUCUGAAGUUCAAUUGGUUUCUCUUUCUUGAUUCUUUGUAUUCCAAGGAUGAUGAUUAUCAAAUAUUUGUCAGAAGGAAGCUGAUUAUUUCUUUCAAGCAUGUGUGGAAUAAGUUUGUCCAAACACCAGUUCCAGUACAUUUGGACACUUUUCGGAUUGGAUAUCCUACUGUUCCGAAGCAGAAUAAUACAUUUGAUUGUGGAGUUUUUGUCAUGAAGUUUAUGGAACUUUGGAGACCUAAGGCUCUUCUUCGCUCUGAAUUUUCUCAAGAUGAUAUACCCAAUAUCAGGAUUCAACUUGUCAACGACCUAGUUUUCAGUGAGCACAAUAUUGUUGAUAAUAGUGUUGUGAGGGACUUCUAUGAAGAGGGAGAUUAUCUCCGAGUUGGACAUGAGGGUAGAAGCUGAUUGUUUCAUUGUACAAAAUGCAGCAACAACACUCUAGAAUUAUUUUGUUUCUCAUUUCAGGAAGAUGAAGAUUAAGGGAUAGUAAUGUGUUCACUGCAUUUCUUGCUAUUUUGUCAAUGUCAAUGUUGCUACAAGACUUAUCUAGGCCAAACAUUUAUCAAACUAUAGAUUCAUAAAAACAAUAAGUAGUCGCGUAGUAGUAUUUUCAAUUACAAAGAGAUCUGGCUGAUACAGCUUGUAAUAGAACAUAUCAGAACAUUUGUCUUACUGCUUUAUGCUCUUGCUACUAUCUACUAAAUGUUUGAUUAUCUUUGACU